GCCAGGCCAACCACCAUCACGACCAACACCUUCUUCGUCACCAACUGCACCCCACUGGAAACUACCAGAUACAAUCGCUUCGGACUCCAUAGUCAUUCCCACCACUGCGACGCUCUCGCAUCCUCCGUCUUGCCUUCAUAAAGCGCAACCAUGACGUCGAUAGGUACCGGAUACGAUCUUACCAACUCUGUCUUCUCGCCCGAUGGACGCAACUUCCAGGUCGAGUACGCAGUCAAGGCAGUCGAGAAUGGAGGUACAGCAGUGGGCAUACGGUGCAAGGAUGGUGUGGUGCUAGCUCUGGAGAAGCUCGUCUCCAGCAAGCUCAUGAAGAAGGACGCAAACAGCCGGAUAGCUACUGUCGACCGGAAUAUCGGUGUGGUCCACUCUGGCCUUCUGCCUGAUGGACGGCACUUCGUAUCCCGCGCGCGCGACGAGGCCUCACAAUGGCGCGGAACCUACAAGGCACCCAUUCCAACCGCCUCUCUCGCAUCCCGCAUGGGCGCCUACGUGCAAGCAUACACCCUCUACUCGUCUGUACGACCAUUUGGUAUCACGGCAAUUGUGGGAGGUUGGGAUGCCGAGACAGAGCUCGAUGUUGAUGGUGCAGUUGGCAGCGGACCGAGUGUCGGUGCAGGUGGCAAGGCCCAGGGUGUGAAGGAAGGUGGGCCGUUCCUCUACAUGAUUGAGCCCUCGGGGCUGUACUGGGGAUACUACGGCGCUGCAACAGGCAAGGGACGACAGACGGCAAAGUCAGAGCUGGAGAAGUUGAAGCUGGAUCCCAAGGACGGCGAGACGAUCAGCCUGGAGCAGGGUGUCAAGGAGGCAGCCCGUAUCAUCUACGCUGCACACGAGGACAGCAAAGACAAGGAGUUUGAGCUCGAGUUGACUUGGAUCAGCUCUGUCAAUGGACCGACAAAGGGCAGACACGAGGCUGUACCAAAGGAGCUCAAGGAAGAGGCAGAGCGUCUUGCAAAGAUUGCACUCGAAGGUGAGGACGAAGAAGAGGAGAAGAUGGAGGAGUAGAUUGAUGUGAUGGACUGUAAGAUACAACAAGUGCAUACGGUGAAGUCGCAAGCAUAGAGCGGCGUAUGAGUUCAUGGACCAUGAUGGCCUAGGCGUAGAGACGCUUCUGAAAAGACGCAUGG